AUGUUAGUUAGGGAUAUGGGUUUUGAUGGUACCAGGCCAUUCCUAUUAUUUGUUCUGAUUGUAUUCCUCAGAGCAUGCUUCUCCAUUAAUGCAGAUGAUACCCUUUCGAAAGGUCAGCCCCUUUCGGCGAUAAAUACCGACAGCAUCUCAUCUAAUGGCGGCAAAUUCGAACUUGGAUUCUUCCAAAGAGGUACUCCUCCAAAAUACUACCUGGGGAUAUGGUUUAAACGCUUAGUGGGCCAGAGGAUUGUUUGGGUAGCAAAUAGAGAGAACCAUUUGUCCGACCCUUAUACUUCAAGACUCGAAUACUCAGAGGAUGGCAAUCUUGUCCUUCUUGAAGCUUCCUCCAAGAAACCAUUUUGGUCCACAAGUUUGCAGAAUCUUCCCUCAAAUUCAACUGAAGCAGCACUACUUUAUGAUGGAAAUCUUGUUUUAAUUGAUAGAUCGGACCCUUCUACUCUAUUUUGGGAGAGUUUCGACCACCCAACUUAUACAUGGCUGCCAGGUGGAGAGCUUGGGAUCGAUAAAGCUGGAAAAGUACCGAAGCGACUUAUUUCAUGGAAAAAUUCAGAAGAUCCAUCACCGGGUCUGUUCUCAUUAUCGUUGAGGAUAAACCCAAAUGGAAGCAGUGAAUAUAUCUUGGUGUGGAACAGGUCCCAAGUUUAUUGGAGUACUGGAGUUUGGAAUGGAAACAAUUUGGCCUCUAUUCCUGAGAUGAGGAGGAAUUAUAUAUAUAACUACAAUUUCUACUCAAACGAAAAUGAAACCUAUUUCACUUACUCUCUUUAUAAUGCUUCUAUCAUGGCGAUGUGUUUGGUUUCUUCUACCGGACAGAUCCAGCAACUUUCGUGGCUGUCCUCCGUUGAGUCCGAUGAGUCCGAUCAGCCGUGGUUUCUAUUUUGGGGUCAACCAAAAUUCCGAUCUGAUGUCUAUGCUUUGUGUGGUCCAUUUGGUAUAUAUCAUGAUAAUACAAUUAAGUCUUGCGAUUGUCCAAAAGGUUUUGAACCAUUUUCAGAUAAUCAGACCAGACUAAACGACUGGUCCGGUGGUUGUUUGAGGAGACACCCUUUGCAAUGUGAAAAUCGUAAUGCCAAAAAUGAUUUGUUCCAAAAAAUACCCAACAUCACAUUGCCAAAUAAUUGGAAAGCAUAUUCGGCAAUGAGUGCCCGGAGAUGUAAAUUAGUUUGA